AUGCCGCGGACACUGCCAUGGCUGGCACAGAAAACCAGCAAACCGCAAGCGAAGCCUCCAUCCUCGUCGGCCCCCGCAUCGAAGCCCAAGCGUGGGCGCGCAGCCACACCCACCUGUGACCUCGUAGACUCCGACCUCAACACGCUCGGCACAGUCACGCCUCGACGACAAAACAAGCGCCGCCUCGAUCGCUCGCCCUCCACCUCACCGCCGCCUGCGCCACCGCCAGUAGAAUACAUGCGCGAAGGCUACGAUGCGGACGACGUUUGGAUGAUGGUCGAGGACGAGUUCUACUCCACCGCGCAAAGCUUCACCCAGCACAUCCACUUCGCGGAGUACGUACGGCUUAAGAAACUGGCGAAAGCCCGCGGACAGGGUUCCAUUGCUGAGAUAGCGAGACCGACUGAUGGCCGUACGCCGCAGAGCAGUAUCCUUCAGCUACAGGCAGAGGCUAAUGCCAACUCGAAGCUGGCCAAGAAGGGUAUGAAGACUUUGGUCGAGGAUGGUGCGAACGACGAAGCGGAUGAGGAUGACUAUAUGGAUGAUCCGCAGCUGGCGGGGCUGAUGAUGGGCUCGCGACGAGGAGCUUCGCAUGAUCUUACCAUGGUCGCGAAAAGUAGAGCCAACACGCGAGCCGCCGCUGGGUUCUCGAAGAGUCCGCAGAAGCAACGUGAGAAGGCUAUAUAUGUGCGGAAGGAGCAGCGAGAGUUUAGCGCAAAGCAAAGCAACGAGGACAAUUCUAAGCGGUCUUGGAGGCUGGAUUCACGAGAAGGGUACAACAGCGACGACAAUGGCGUGGACAAGAUACACACCGCGAAAGCGAAGCGUGCGUUAAGUGGAAAUUCUGCCACCGAGCAACCAGCAAGUGGCUUCUUCAAGCGCUUCGCAAACGGGUCGCCUGAGCGCAAAUUGUCGCACAAGCCUCCAACGCCGCACACCUCAUCGGAGAUACUGGGUAUCAAUAACGGCAACAAGGGGAUCAACGAUGAUGCCGACAUCACAUCAAUCACCUCCGGUGCACGAAGUCAUACCACUUCAGACUUCCUAGCCAAGCGCCGAGCCGCCAAAGCCGCGAAGGAGAAACAAGAACAGGAAGCAGCCGAGGGAAAAGGCAAAAGCGCGGUUGAGGUACCAACAUUCCUGAUCUGA